UUGCAAACUGCAAAAACCGCCUCUUUCUUUCUUUCAGUGAAACAACAAGAAGCAGCAGUAGCGAUGGGGAAAAGUGACGAUUCAAUUCAAAGAAGGAAGAAUAAAAAGAGUAGAAAGAAACAAGAUGAUAAGCUCUCUAAUCGUAUUGCUGGCAUUAUUGCUGCCAAGAAACGUCGCCUUUCCGGUAAACGCCGUAUGUGCGAGGGAAUGUGCUUUAGCCUGCCUACACUUGAGGAUCCGUUCAAUGAGAGGCAUGGAAAAGCUGAUCUUUUGAAGAAUAAGAAGAAGAAGAUCAAGUCAAAAAAGGACAAGAACCCUGUUAAAAAGACUAGCGUCAGUUCGAAAAUCCGAGCUACCGGUCGAGAAGAAGAUCAAGUCGAUAAUCACAUGGAUGCUCCAACUAAGUUUUUAAUUCUGUGCUUGAAAAACAUUCAGGAUGGCCUUCAGCAGGAUGGAGCGUUCAAUGAUGGAGAGGACAAACCUUUCUUCGUCCAUACAUGGGGAAUUGAAUUCUGGAAAAAUUUUACCUGUGGCAAAGAUAUAAUUGGUACAAAUCAAGCUCAUGCUACAACUGAGCAAAUUGCUUGGGUUGCAGCAAUGGCUGCUGAUGCGAUCUCACGAAAGGAGAAAGAAGGCCUGUCAAUUAACAAUCCCUUCCUAUUAUUCCUUGUUCCUUCCCAAGAGAAAGCUACCAAGGUGCGGAAAAUAUGCAAGCCUUUGAAAGCUCUUGGAAUACAUACAGUGAGUCUGCAUCCUGGUGCUUCUAUAGACCACCAGAUUCAGGGCCUGAAGAACUGUGAGCCCGAGUUUCUUAUAUCCACUCCUGAAAGACUUCAAGAGCUCCUCUCAUGUGGUGCCAUUGAAACUUCUGAUGUUUCUUUCCUGGUUAUUGAUGGACCUCUUACUGAAGCUGGUUAUGUUGAUGCGGUUGAAUCCAUUGCAAAAUCUAUUUCUGGAAAGCCACAAAUACUGGCUUUCAGUGACUGCUCAAAUUCUUCGUCCAAUUUUCUUAUAAAGAAGAGUUCUGGAGAAUCAAUCUGUAGAAUACCGCUUGAUGAUCCAAUAAAUGGUCAUAGCAUGGCUUUAGAUAUUUGUGCUUCUAAGUUGUCAAAGACAAAUGGGGCCUGCUGUCCAUGCAGUUGAUUUGCCACAACUCCAUCCUUCCUUGCCAAGGUUGAAUUCUCCUGGCUGUAGUUCAAACUAAUUACAAUUUCAGAUCCUCUGGCGUCAUUCAGCCUAAUAGAAGGUAGUUCUAUAAUUGUAAGCUUCCAUAUCACUGGUGCUGCUUCUUCACAUUCGUCUGCAUAAUUCUUUGUUAUAGAUGUACUCAAGAUAUCUUUUGAUUUAGAUGGUAGGUUCUUUAAAAGAAUGCUACUGUUUCAAUUUUGUUAUUGUUGUGUUAGCCAGUGAUAUGAGCAGAAGUCAAUUGUAACAAGAGUGUGUUCUGGGAUUGGCAAGAGCUACUUCACAAAUUGAAAUCUUUUACUAGUUUCUAA